CCAAACCAUUUUACUACCCAAAAAAAAUAAAAUAAAAUAAAAUAAAUAAUCCAAACCAUUUACCAAUCAAAAUGAGCUUCUUUCAAAACCUCUCCAUUUUCUUCUUCCUUCUCUUCACUCUCGCCUUUCCCUCGGCAGAUGCAGCCGUUUUCGACAUCCGAAACAACUGUCCCUUCACGGUUUGGGCUGCCGCCAUCCCUGGAGGUGGCCGGAAGCUCGACAGAGGCCAAACUUGGUCCAUCAAUGUGAAAGCCGGCACAACACAGGCUCGCAUUUGGGCUCGAACCAAAUGCAACUUCGACGGAGCCGGACGGGGAAAAUGCGAGACCGGUGACUGUGGGGGAAUCCUACAAUGCCAAGCCUAUGGCCAGCCUCCGAACACUCUGGCAGAAUACGCACUCAACCAGUUCAACAACUUGGAUUUCAUUGAUAUCUCGCUCGUCGACGGGUUCAACGUUCCGAUGGAGUUCAGCCCUACGUCAGGUGGAUGCAGCAAGGUGAUUAGAUGCACGGCCGAUAUCAAUGGACAGUGCCCAAAUGAGUUGAGGGCACCGGGCGGCUGCAACAACCCAUGUACGGUGUUCAAGACUGAUCAGUACUGCUGCAACUCCGGGAGCUGUGGGCCUACGAGAUACUCGAAGUUUUUCAAGGAUCGUUGCCCUGACGCUUAUAGCUAUCCUAAAGAUGAUGCAACGAGCACUUUUACUUGUCCUGGAGGAACUAACUACAAGGUUAUCUUCUGUCCUUGAAGUAGUAUGUGGCCCAUCGCUCGUGAUCUGCUGCUAAUUUUAGAGGUACGUAGCUGUCUCUGUUGUAAUAAAACCAUGGCUUGAGGCCUUGUUGUGUGUUGUUCUUGCGUUAUGUUACUCGAAAACAUGUAACACUAUAAUAAUAUUGUACAAAACGAAGAAUAAACAGUGCAUGUUAAUUUCUGA